UUCUAUUUGCGUUUAAACUUUUUUAACUAAUAGCAUAGCAAAAUGGGAGCAAAACACCAGCACAUACUAUACUAUUACUAAUACGUUAGGGACGAAGAAGACAGAUUUUGUAGAGUAGUAGUUAAUAAUGGCGGAGGACAAAGAAGACAGAGAAGGAGGAGGAUUCCAUAAUCAGAACCCUAACCCUAAUCACAACAACGACAUCAGCAAGAAAGGAUCCAAAGGAAAGUCAUGCAAGGGAUGUCUCUACUACUCGUCUCUGCAAAGAUCCAAAUCUAAGAACCCCACUUGCGUUGGCAUCCCCAGAACCCUCCACCAAGUGCCCAGCUACAUUGUGGGGGAAACUGAGUUGGAAGCUUCCAAAGAGGGCCGCAGUCUAACAGAUUUCAAGUAUGCUUGUGUUGGUUACUCGGUGUUCCUGAACAAGGACUCUUCAAGUGAUCAGCAGAACAAACAAGCAGAAUUGCCAUUUUGUGUUGGUCUUGAGGUAUUGUUGGACAGAAGACCAGCAGACCAUGCUCAGGCUCCUGCUCAUGUUAAUAAAGAUGAUGGUCGUGUUCUUCCCCAACCUCAACCUCGAACCUACAGACCAGCUCAUUCCACAGGAGAGGAGUACCUGAACAGGUUUAAGAGGAAUGCAAGCCUAGUAGCAUCUGGUGUGGCUAGGAACGUGAAUAGAGUGGGCAUCUAUAUAAAAGAGAGUUUGGAUGACAUUUUAUACCCUUACCGAACACGACCCAAGUAAUACCGCUGAUCACAGUUGCAAUGUAUAUCUGAAAGGAUUUCUAUUGCUGGAAUUGGGAUUGUCCGAUUUUGUUAAUCCCAUCUCCUUGUUUCAAUUAAUAACACUAUUUUUGAGGAAUGAUGUUCUUUCACUGAAUUAUAACAAAUAAUGUUGUGGUUUAAUUCACUAUAAAUUGUGUUUUCUUCA